AUGAUAUCGAAUCGUUCAAAACUUUCGCAAGUUAUAGCAGUGGGCAAAGGUCUUCCACAGUACCAGAUCUCAGCUACCAAAGUACCACAAUUUGAAGCAUUACCACUAGUUACAAAUUAUUAUAAAUUUUUUUCUUGUUGUAACAAUUCACAAGAAGAUCAUGAACCAUUACCAUCAUUACGUAAUGCUGUUGAUUUAAUGUUUGCAUCAUUAAUACAAUUUCUUUAUGCUAAUAAUCGUUUUAUACGUACAGAAUUUGUAUCAAAUCAAUCGAUUGGUGAUGUUUUAGCCUUUCAUACAUUAUCGUAUGCAUUAAGAGAUAUGGUUGAAGCAACAACUGAUUUAGCGAAAAAUGCUCGACGUAUUAAACAUAUUCAUACACGAACAUUAAUACAAACAGAACGAGAAGAAAAUAUUCCACAACAACAGACAACCUAA